AUGGAACAAAACAACAUGCUAUAUGAUUUGGACCCAGUCUGUGGCUCACAACACAACGCGCUGACCGCUCUGCGACUUUUGAGGAGCUACAACCACUUCGUUAUGCCGCCUGUAGCAAGUACAGUGCCGACUGUUUGCGACUCCGAAGCCAGAAGACGCGGCGAAAAGCGGCCGAUACCCGCUGAGCUAAAAGACGAAAAGUAUUUCGAACGUAGAAGACGCAAUAACCAAGCUGCUAAGAAGUCUAGGGACGCGAGAAGAAUGAGAGAAGACCAGAUAGCCUGGCGAGCUUGUCUUUUAGAACAAGAAAAUGCUUCACUUCGAGCGCAUGUAACGGCACUACGUCAAGAAAUCAUCGCUUUAAGAGCUCUACUUGCCGCGAGAGACGAUACUACCGCGCCUACAUCUACUACAACUGAU